AUUUAUGGAAAAACCCAGACGAUUCGAACAACCAACUAGAACUAGGGUAUAUUUUGUUCAUCGGAUCGAAUCCAGGAACCCUACACUUUCCCUAUAAUUCCCUCCCCUUCGAAUCGCAUCCAUGUCGAAGCAGACGUACAGAGUGUGUUUCUGCUUCCAGCGGAGAUUCCGGCAUGCUGUGUCGGAGGCGCCGAGGGAGAUCAAAGAGCUCUUCCAAAAGUACUCGGAGAAUGGCGUGAUGACCGUCGAUCAUCUCCAUCGAUUUCUGAUCGAAGUUCAGACGGAGGAUAAAGCUACGAGUGAUGACGCCCAGGCGAUUAUCAACGCCUCAUCGUCUCUUCUUCAUCGGACUGGUCUCCAUCUCGAUGCCUUCUUCAAGUACCUUUUUGGCGACAACAACGUUCCUCUCUCUCCAAGUGGGGUUCAUCAAGAUAUGACUGCUCCUUUGUCACAUUAUUACAUAUUCACUGGCCAUAACUCAUACCUUACCGGUAAUCAGUUGAGUAGCGACUGCAGCGAGGUUCCUAUCAUACAAGCACUGCAGAAAGGUGUCAGAGUGAUUGAAUUGGAUAUAUGGCCGAAUUCCAACAAAGACGAUAUCCAUGUUCUUCACGGAAGGACACUCACUACACCUGUGGAGCUGAUCAAAUGCCUUAGAGCUAUUAAAGCUCAUGCCUUUGACGCAUCUGAGUAUCCCGUUGUUGUCACCCUUGAAGAUCAUCUUACCCCAGAACUUCAGGCUAAAGUAGCCGAGAUGGUGACCCAGACAUUUGGCGAUAUCCUGUUUACUCCUCCUGCCGGGGAAUGUUUGAAGGAGUUCCCCUCUCCAGAGUCGUUGAAAAAACGGAUUAUCAUCUCAACCAAACCACCGAAAGAGUACAAGGAAGGAACAGAUGAGGAUGGUGAGAAAAAGGGUAAGACCUUGGGUGAUGAAGAAGCUUGGGGGAGAGAAGUUCCGAGCUUUAUUCAGAGGAACGGAAAUGAUGACAAGGAUGAUUUGGACGGAGAUGAGGACGACGAUGAUGAUGAUGAUGAAGGAGGCAACAAAUCUAAGAAGCACAUGCCGCCUCAGUAUAAGCAUUUGAUUGCAGUCCAGGCGGGGAAACCCAAAGGUGGAAUAGUUGAAUGUCUAAAGGUGGACCCUGACAAAGUGAGACGGCUAAGCUUGAGUGAAGAACAGCUCGAGAAUGCAGCAGUAAAACAUGGGAAAGAAAUAGUGAGGUUUACUCAGCGGAAUUUGCUUCGCAUUUACCCCAAGGGGGUACGAGUUGACUCAUCAAAUUAUAAUCCAUUCGUAGGCUGGAGCCACGGUGCUCAAAUGGUGGCUUUCAAUAUGCAGGGACAUGGAAGGUCAUUGUGGGUAAUGCAAGGAAUGUAUAGAGCCAAUGGUGGAUGCGGAUAUGUAAAGAAGCCCCAUAUCCUUCUGAAAUCCAGCCCUAACAACGAUGUCUUUGAUCCCAAAGCUACUUUACCUCAAAAAACGACGCUGAGGGUAACUGUAUACAUGGGAGAAGGUUGGUACUAUGACUUCCGCCACACCCACUUCGAUCAAUACUCCCCUCCGGACUUCUACACAAGGGUGGGGAUAGCCGGAGUUCCAGCCGAUUCGGUAAUGAAGAAGACGAAAACCCUCGAGGACAACUGGAUACCUUCUUGGGACGAGGCGUUCGAGUUUCCACUCACCGUUCCAGAACUCGCUCUUCUGCGUAUAGAAGUGCACGAAUACGACAUGUCCGAGAAAGACGAUUUCGGAGGCCAAACAUGCUUGCCGGUUUGGGAGCUGAGGCAAGGAAUACGUGCCGUUCCUCUCCAUAACCGCAAAGGCGAGAAGUACAAAUCUGUCAAGCUCCUUAUGAGGUUCGAGUUUGUCUGAGAAGAUCCAUCUUUAAGGUCCGAACCAGUGGGAGUAAUUACAGAUAUAUAUAUAUUAUGUAUAUGUGCUGAAGAGCAGAGAAUGUGGUCGUAUUACCACUUUUACAUGGUGUGUUGUUUGUAUUGUUAUUAUUACGAAUGAUGGGGGAUAAUGAAAUAUGAUAUUCCAUGUGUACAUAUAAGCUUUGUGUAGGGGUAAUAAAUUAGUAAUAAUCUU